AUGAUGCAAAUGAAAUCAAAUUUUCUCAUUAAGAGUAGAAAUUCUAUAUUUAUUCGAUAAUAUGUACUGUAAGUAUUGUUCGAUCUGGAAAUAUAUACUUUUUUGAUUUCAGGAACAUCAAUUGGAUAAAUAUUGAUUCAAAGAAAUGAAGAGACAUCAAUACCAAAGCAUUUCUGUGAGAAGUUUUCAAAAAAUAUUAAUAAAUAACAAGUUAUUUAGGUGGAACCAAUUCUAGGAACAGGAGGAUAGGCAAGCAUGCAUUAAAAAUAUUAUAAUAUUAUGGGGUAAAGGAAGAAUAUGUUUGGUUAGUGUUGA